UAUUUGACUGUUACACUGGUUUGGCACACGAAUCACUGUUGAGAACAUCCUGGAGUACAUUUUACAAAGUGUUUCUCAUACAGGUCAGGCUGCGAGGCUGCUGUGAUGGCGGUGAAGCUGCAAGGCUUUGAGUUCUGGAAGACCACGCUGAGGGGAGCGCGUUACGUCGUUGCACCCAUGGUGGACCAGAGCGAGCUGGCCUGGCGUCUACUGAGCCGUCGCCAUGGCGCCGAGCUGUGCUACACGCCCAUGCUGCACGCGCAGGUGUUUGUACGCGACGCCAACUACAGGAAAGAUAACCUGUACAGCGAAGUCUGCCCCGAAGACAGGCCGCUUAUUACACAGUUCUGUGCCAACGACCCAGAGGUGUUUGUCCAGGCAUGUCUACUGGCUCAGGACUACUGUGAUGCUAUCGAUCUCAACCUGGGAUGCCCACAGAUGAUCGCCAAGAGAGGGCACUACGGGGUCUUCCUACAGGAUGAGUGGGAGCUGCUGGAGAAGAUGGUGAAGCUAGCCAAUGAGAAGAUCUCUGUUCCCAUCACCUGUAAGAUCCGUGUGUUUAACAAGAUGGAGGACACUGUUCAGUACGCUCAGAUGCUGGAGAAGGCUGGCUGCCAGCUGCUGACCGUCCACGGUCGGACCAAGGACCAGAAAGGACCCGCGACAGGCAUCGCUAGCUGGGAACACAUCAAGGCUGUACGGAACGCUGUUAACAUCCCUGUGUUUGCUAACGGUAACAUCCAACACCUGAGUGAUGUGGAGCAGUGUAUGGAGGAGACUGGAGUACAGGGGGUGAUGAGUGCAGAGGGGAACCUCCAUAACCCAGCUCUGUUUGAGGGUCUCAGCCCUCCUGUAUGGGAGAUGGCUGAGGAGUAUCUGGAGGUGGUCAGUCAGUACCCUCCCUGUACCCUGUCCUAUGUCAGAGCACACCUCUUCAAGCUCUGGCACCACACGCUGCAGAUCCACAAGGACCUGAGAGAGGAGCUGGCCAAGGUGAAGAACCUGCAGGGGCUGACAGAGGUCAGCAGACAACUCAGACUACGCUGCCAGGAGGAGAUAACCAAUGGAGGAGAGGAGGCGGGGCAGGUGGUUGGGCUGCCAUUCCCUCAUUGGAUCUGCCAGCCGUACGUCAGACCAGUGCCGAAGGAUCCGGUUGCUAACGGUAACGGUACGGAGGUGAAGGCAGUGUGUCACAAGAGGGCGUUGUCACAAGAGGACUCGGACGGCGCGAGCGAUGCCCUCUCCAAAAACAAACAGAAGAAGAAAGCCAGAAACCCCCACAAGAACUUCUGUCCCGAGCAGAAACCAAAGUACAUCAAGUGUGAGCAGUGUGGAAAUCCAAAGGGUAAUCAGUGUGUAUUCAACCUGUGUCGAGGCUGCUGUAAAAAGAAGGCCUACAAGGAGGUGGCAGACUGCCCAAGUCACGGGCUGAGGUUCAAGACCAAGGCAGAGAAACAGAAGUCAGAGCGGGAAGAGGAGGAGGGAAAGAGCAGAGGAUUACAGGAGGAAGAGGAUGGAGGAUUGUUGAACGGGACCCUCAGCACCCCAACAGACCCCCACAGAGGACAGACUGUGUCCUGAGACAUGGACAUCCAUUCAGACGAAGAGCAGUACACACACACACACACACACACACACACACACACACACACACACACACACACACACACACACACACACACACACACACACACACACACACACACACACACACACACACACACACACACAGCAGGAUGUGAGAAACUGUAUCCAUCAACAGUAUACAGAGACACAAGAACAUAUUGUAAGGAACACACGUGUGCAUCCAUCCUGUCUCAUACAUACUCACCACUGUCCUCCAUUGGUGCUGUGCUGCACUGGCUUAGAUGGGGUUUCACCACUACGCCCUCCUCCUCCUACCUGACUGACUGGGGGAGUCUUCCUGGACUAGCUCCACUGGGACUGAUGUAAUGGGGGGAGUCUUCCUGGACUAGCUCAACUGGGACUGAUGUAAUGGGGGGAGUCUUCCUGGACUAGCUCCACUGGGACUGAUGUAAUGGACUAAUUUCUCUCUUGGACUUUAGCAUAACAAGUUAGCUUUGAAGUCAGAGAUUCACCCCAAAAAGUGCAGUUCCAUCUGGGUCUUUCUAGUUGGUCUACAGCCGUUUCUGGAAGGAGGAAAAGCUCAGUCGUAACAGUACUAUCCCAGUACUGCUCAAUCUCUACAUUUAUUUGUCUUUUGGUUGUGGUAAAUAAUGGGACUAUUUCCUGUUGAUCUUUGUCAUGUGUUCCCCCUGAACUAGAAUGAUAUUUUAUCACCUGACUGUUAGAAUGGUGACUCUCUGUCCAACAGAAGUCAGUCCGUUUUUUUUUUAAUAUAUAAUUUUUCAUCAAGCGCCUAGUCUUAAUGUGUGAUGUGUAGGGCUUGGAGUUUGUUUUCUAGGCCUGUCUCCAGAAGGUAUUUUAGGGUAGGUGUGCUGAUCUGAGAUCUGUUCUUCAUAUUCAUAAUUCAUCAUUGUUGGAGCGGUAGGUAGCCUAGUGGUUAGAGCUUUGGGCCAGUAACCGUUGGACUAGUAACCGAAAGGUUGCUAGAUCGAAUCCCCGAGCUGACAAGGUAAA